AUGGCUAUACCUACAGAUAUGCUACGCCAGCGAAGGGUGAAGAAACAAGGGUGUUUGCAGGACGCGGGGCGGGGGGGUAGGCAGGGUGCGUCGCGCAGGCGUGCUUCAGUCGCCCGCGCGACCCCGCUGCCGCCGGCCGCGCGCUAUGGACGAAGUUCGGGCGCGAGACCGCGCGCCGCUCACCGUCAUCGUCGCCCCGAGCAACGUUUCACCGCCGCGACUGUCCCCGCGGACCUCCUGCCCGACGGCGAUGCGGCGUUUCACCCUCUCUCGGCCGUUAACGGUCGGCUGACCCCUCCGGGGCUCGAGCCCGCCUCGUACGCCACAUUGACGCCGCUCCUUCCACUACCCCCCAUUAGUACAGUAUCCGACAAGUUCGCGUACCAUGCUGGGGGCACCUUUACAGUUAUCCAACAGCAACAGUCAUACGCGUCGCUGUCUCCCGCCCCUUAUAAUGAGCCCUUAUCCCCCCAGUCUGCGUAUAGCAGGCGGAGUGUGUCUCCAAACUCUUUUGAGAGGAGAUCGCCGACUCCGCCGCUGCCGAGUCCAGGAUUGGAUCUCAACGCUGCUCUGCUGGCGAGAGAAGAGCAGCAGCAAGCCCAGCAGGCGCAACAAGCGCAGAACGACACAGAAGAGAUCAACACAAAAGAAUUGGCGCAGAGGAUAAGUGGGGAGUUGAAGAGGUACUCUAUACCUCAGGCGAUAUUCGCGCAGAGGGUGUUGUGUCGGUCCCAAGGGACUCUAAGCGACUUGCUAAGGAACCCGAAGCCGUGGUCAAAGCUGAAGUCGGGGAGGGAGACGUUCAGGCGGAUGUGGAAGUGGUUGCAGGAGCCCGAGUUCCAGAGGAUGUCCGCGCUGAGGCUAGCAGCGGCCCAGAUCCCUCAGAGAGGCAGCCUUUCAGGUUGCAAACGCAAGGAGGAAUUGGGUUCGGAUACCCUACCUUCCCCGAAGAAGCCACGUUUGGUUUUCACAGACCUCCAGCGGCGUACUCUACAGGCUAUUUUUAAGGAGACAAAAAGGCCGUCAAAAGAAAUGCAAGUAACAAUAGCAAGACAAUUAGGGUUAGAGCCUACAACAGUGGGCAACUUCUUCAUGAACGCCAGAAGACGAUCAAUGGACAAAUGGAAAGACGACGACGCGCCGAGCACGGAGUUAGACCAGCAGUGCGAAGUGCACGACAUCGAGCAUGUACCAAGCCUGGACUCGGCAGACUCCGAGGAAGACCACGACGACCACGAUGACCACCUGUUGUGACGCCGUGUCUCUCAACAGCAGUUGUUAGUGCUAUGAAAUGGGCUUUGAGUUGAUAAUUUCGAAUGUUGUGAAUGAUUUGAUAAUAAACUGAUAGUGGCGUGAUUUGUUUUGUAUUCCACGCCUGGUUUCUGAAGUAAACAAUUUAGGAAAAUCUCUUUACUAGUUACAGUGUGUUCCGGUUUGAAGGACCUUGUAGUCAGUAUAACUAUUGGAAAUGAGACUUUACAUCUCAUGUCUCAGUAUGGGAUAGACAAAACUAGAUUUUUGGAAAGCUAAUUUGAUAAAAAGAAAUUUUGAAAUGAACUCAGAAACUGGGCAUACUGCUGUUUUGUAUUUUCAAAAAGUAUUAUUGAUAAUAUCAUCGAUUUUAUGGUCCGUGGCCAUAUAUAUUUAAUUAUAAGACUAUAAUCCUACGACGCCACUAUCUCUGUUUGUGAACUUAAGAUCACAAUUACUACAUUCUUAAGUUUAGACGAGAUUCCCAUUUAUAAUUGAAAGCAAUGAACUUUCUCACUACUAUAUAAGUACUAGAAUCAGUUUUUUAUAUUUAUUCUAAUAAACACUGCUAAUGAAUUAUUUAAAUAAUAUUGCUAACGGCAACACUAGUACUUUGUAUUACUAUUUUCAAUUCUAUUUAAUAUGCUUUAAGUAUAUUCUACAAAAUAAUUGGGAAUCGAGUCUAAAAAAAAUACCGAGACUAAAAAUAGUUGCAAAUAUUUUUUGAAAAUAUUGUAUAAAAUCGGCGCGUUCGUGAAAAUAUUGCAACAGUUUUAAGAUCGAUUCAACAUUCGAAAUUAAUACAACUUCAAGCGACUAUUGUACAGAUUUUACUAUAAAGUAAGGUUAGCGCGUGGCUGCUGUUAGGAGGCAACUGCACGGAAUUGUUUUACGCUGCGUUUUUUAAAACACCGAUAGGAAAAAUACUUUUGAAUACAGAACAUAUUAAUAACUCACUGAAUGCAAAAUAGAGCAUACACAAUGAAUAAACCACGAGAAACCACAUUUUUUGCUAUUAUUACAUUUUGGAGGUGUAAAUGCGUUGAUAUGUUAAAUUACAAAAUAUUUACAGUAAGUCCAUUAUUAUCAAUAAAUCCUGUAAAUAUAUUAAUUUAGGACAAAGCAAUCAUUUUAAAAAUAACUCUGCAAUACACAUAAUAAAACGCAGCGUCGAAACAUCCGAUCUAGUUGUAUCCUUGUAAUUAUAACUUGAUCUCUAUAUCAAAAACGUUACUAGUCAGAGGAAACAAAUAGUAAUAUAGUUUUAUUUAGUCAGAUUUAUUUAGCUUAUCAGUAAUCACUGCAAUUGACGCUUAGAAAAUUACGGAUUCUAUGAAGCAUGCAAAUUGAGAUGUGUCGAGACAAAAAAGACUCGAUUAGUUCGAGUAUUUAAAUAACGUAAUUUAUUUAUUCAAUGAUUUGAGUGUUUCAAUUUUAGGCUUAUUCAUCAUUCCACUAUACCGAGUAUUUAAGUUUCACACAUUCUGCAUUUAACUAUGAAGAUUAUUAAUUUUGUGACACGAACUUCAAUGCUCACAUUACCUAUUUUAUGCAUUCCUGUAGAAUAUUUGUGUGUUUUACUGCAGUUAAGGGAUUAUAGGGCAUUAUAGUUUAAAUAGAAGAGUAAGGGAUUUAAAUAAUUUAUAACUAAUUAUGGUGUAAUAAGCCAUUUCCCACUCAUUUGUUUUAUAUAGCCGGUUCUAUUCAGUUCUCAUGGAAUAGAAUGAUACGUUAUUGUUUCCAUACUAUUUCCACCAUCAGAGAGAAUGGCUCCUAAUCCCUUUCCUAUUUUAGAUUUAUUUUACGCUAUGAGUAUUUUUAUUAUCCUCGAGUAUUAUUCUCAACAGAUUAAUUUAUUAGAAUUUGUCUGAGUCUAAAAGUAAUUCGGCACAUUCUAUAUUCGCUGGUUGAAUGUUUGAAAAUGGAAUUCGGAAUUCAAUAAGUUCGAAUUACAAAAUUAUCUUUGUAAACGUUUUAGGUGAUUCUAGUCACUUAUAAAAUGUAAAGAUAAAAAAAUGCAAAGUAACGUGGAAACUAGUCCGAUCGAAAAUGGAUUUAUUUAAAUCUAGUCAACGUCAUUAAUUUAAGUUUUAAAGUUAAGAUACAUAAUAUAUUGUUUUCAUAUAUUUAAGUGCAAUCUCUACCUUUUACCUUAUGGACCUUUGCAAUGUUCAUUCCAAUUAUUUUGACGUAAGACAUUUUCUUAUGUAUUUUUACAAGUCUAUAUUUAUUACUGACUUUUUAGUUUAAUUCUCGAUGCGUAUAAUUAUUCGAUUAUUCAACAGGCAUGAGUUGGCAAAAUUGGGAAAAAAAAUGCUUGUUCGAUUUUUAAAAUUGUAUUUUUUAUGGCUUCAGCUUUUUUCAGUCAGUCGCAUUUAGUGACAACCUCUAUGAUGAAUUGACUGUGACAUUAGGUCCGCGGUUUUGUUCACACCAAGACUGAUUUGCGUACGUAAAUCCUUCUCUGGAUAUUGUAAGAUUGGCCCUGGAUAGGCUAUACCCGAUGCACGGGUCUCUUCGUAUAUAAUAUACAGCCAUAAAUAACACACAUGAUUAAUAUUUAAUCGCAUUAAUCGCUCAAAGAGUCCUAUCAUGUGCAUCACAGUGCAUUACAUCGAACAUGGAUGGUCUUAUUUUUUGAUAUCUUUAAGAUUUGUCUUAACGUGGUAUCAAGACUGCGGUUUUUUUUCAAUACCAAAUCCCACUUGCCAGCUCAUGUAUGCUCAUUCGAAAUAUCAAAGCGUCUGCUUGCUCAAGUGACUAAAUUAUUAGGUGUUUAAAGCGUUUUGCUUUUUAAAUAGUGAAUGAAAUAGCAAAAUAUCCGAUGAAAUCGGAUCAUUCGAUUGUUAUGUGUUAUUUUGUACCUAUUCGUAAUUGCUGACAUGGGUGUAGGUAUUCCAAAUAUGAAUUUUGAAAUAUAUUUGAAUUAAGAACAACAAUUUUUGAUAUAGUAAUGGCCGGUGUGGUGGACUUAAACCUAAACCUUAUCAGUAGGAAAGUAGGCCCAUUUUCACGUAACAGUUACGAGUCAUUUUUUUUGUACUGGCAUACGGCAUAGAAGAUACUUUUUUUUUUCAUUUAUUCUUAAUUCAUAUUUGGUAAUUGGUUGAUAAAUAUAUUCAAUGGUAUCUUAGGUUUAAAUCUUACUAAAAAUGUGAGUUUCAUACGCCAUCAAUAAAAUAAAAACUAAAUGUAAAUAAUUUUUCACACAAUCUUGCCGUACAAUUUUGAUUUCUCUUGUCCACCACAGAUCAUGUCUUCAUUUCAAGAUAAAAUUACAAUUUUAUAUACCAGAAUAUUUACACCCCAAACAAAACUGUACUUUAUUUUCUAGUCAAGAGGUCUCAACAUUCCUUUAGCAACGGCUAAAUUUUAGACACAUGGCGACGUCAGACGAUUAAAGAAGUCGCAAUUCAAUGCACUCUUUAAUCGAUCGCGUCACCAAAAAUGAAUUAUUUCGUGAUAUUACUUAAAAUGUAAUGAAUAGGUCAUAAGUGAUGCUUUGUUAAAAUAAUUAUACGUCUAUGUAAUGUGCAAGACUAGAUUAAUAUAGAGGUAAUGCUUCAUGACCACUUGGGAUUAUGGUAUUUCAAUAUCGAUCUUAUUUAUAUUAUGAAUAAGGUGUAAGUUUCUUAUAUCGUCUCUAAACCAUAAUUAUAUCGAACCAUCUAUGUAAGAAGACGGUAAAAUAGAUGAAACAGGACCAGAUGCAACACAUAAUACAUUAGGUUUUAAGUUAUGUGUAUUUUGGUUUUAGGAUAUAGUUUAUAUCCGCCCGGAUAGCGACCACAGUACACAAGGUGUCAAAACCCGCCAUAGUGGCUUACGUAAAUGUCGCGUUCCGGAAUCAGCCUGUGUAUACCCGGUUCUAACAGGCCGGCAUAAUUGUAUCGACUGUCGAGGGGUAAUCAUCUCUCGUCAGCCGACAUUCUAUUGGACCCCACUCCACUUAAAUCAGAUGCUAUGGGGUCACUUUACACAUAUAGUUCAUACGUUUUCAGUCCUGUAAUUGUAUACCAAAGAUUUCAAAACCAUGAUCCCAAGUGAUACUCUUGUAAAAAUUCUUAUCUUUAGCGAAACAAUUUGAGUUAGGCAUAGUUUUAUUUAUGACUAUUUAUUUUGUACCAGCUAGUCACCACACCAAAGAGUUUUGUGCAAUUUUUGCGGUAAUGUGUUGAACUACCAGUGGAGAAGGCUGAAGUUUUCCUAAAAGUGAUCGACACAACAUAUACUUGCAUAAAUGCGGACUACAAUUCGUUCUAAUGAUAAUUAGAUUUUAGUACGAAAGGAAAGUCGGCAGGAAUCGGUUAUAUCCCUUCGCCACUGAUAUCUACUAAUUAAAAAAAAAAACUAAAAGCAGUUUUCAAUAUUCAUUGUGUUGUACUUUGUUUAACAUAUCUACUGAUUUAAAAAAAUACUAUCGUUCAUUUCAAUAAACAAUUCCAAUCUUAAUCUUCGUUAUUUAAAAUGAGCCAAUCAAAAUACGUCAUAUUGCCACAUAAAUACCUGAAUAAUUUUAAAACUUAAAAUCGCCCAUACAUUUAUGCUUUUACUAAAGAAAAUUCUUGUCCCAAAAAUAACAUAAAAGUGAUUUACAUUGUUUCACACAAAGAUAUAAUAUUACACUUAAGGCGAUACCUCAAGGUCCAUUUUCAUACAUUUUGUUUCGGCUUUAAUCUGGGUAACUAAACAAGUAUUGGCAAGUAAAGAAUUUAAAUUCACGUCUAGUUAGUGAUUAGUUCUCGCAGUUGAAAGAAAAACGUAAAAAUAAUUAAUAAUCAUGGAUAUUUCGGCCUUUAAAAUUUAAUAUGACGAAACUUAACGCGUAUUUAAAGUUUUAUAUUUAUUCAGGUACUUAUGUGGGUGAAUGUAUGAGAUCUGUCAAUUUAAAUUUAAAAAAAGAACAUUUUAUUUAAUAUUUGUGAUGUGAUAUAAUUAAUUUGUAAACAAUCUUCAUGUUUUUCUUCGAAAACAGUAUUAAAUCCAAUUUACUUUGGGUCAUGGCCCUAUUUUAACACAUUACCUCAUAUUUUUAUAUACAGCUAAACACAAGCUUCGAUGACAUAACAAUAAGUAGAUAGGGAAUCAGAUUGAAUAUUUAAAUAAAUGACGUUCCGUUUCCAUACACUCAAAAUGUGCAAUAAAAAAACGUGCAAUUUACCGCAAAAUAUUUAUUUUAUAAGCAAUAUUUGUGUAAAAAUAUGUAAAAUAUAAUUGCAUAUUUUUUAAAUGCUAUAAAAUUAUUUAUCAUUUUAUUAAUUAAUAUGGAAAUAUUCAUUCUCAAAUAUUAUUACCAAUUAUGAUUCUACAAUGGAAAUGGAACGUCAUUCUGUCUGUUUAUGGAAGAAAUCAAUUAGAAUCCUUACGCCUAGCUUUAACCCGCGGCGUGGUUCGAGUAGACUAGUGUAUGUAUUAGCGAAUUAUUUAAUGAAUCGAUUUUGAUAUCGAUUAAUCGAUUGGUUAGAAAUUUUUCUUUUGCACAACAACGCGUCAGUUGAAAAUGAUUUUGGGUUUAUGGGCCAAUUGUCAUUAAAUGUGAAGGACGGUAAAUACAAUAUUUUUUGUAUAUGUAUAGUAAAUAUAGCUCGCUUUCUGAUGUACAUAGUUCGUGAUUAUGUAAGAUUAAAUGUAAAUUUUACAAAGAU